GGAGUUGCGACCGCCUCCGCCUCCGCCUCCUCCUGUUGAAGGGGGGGCGGAGGGAGGAGACUGUUGCUGAUCUCUGGAUGUUCUGGGUAGUCUGAGAAGGAGAGUAUGAAGCGAGCUCCGGCCCGGGUGCGGCCGGGCUUCGGGGGCCAGGGCGGCGCCGCAGCUGCCGCCACCUCGGUCUGACGCUGCGCCCGCGAGUCCCGGUGCGCGGAUGGUGCCGGUGCGGCUCGGGUGUUGAUCCGCGUGUCCCCUCCCCCUCCUCCCCUCCCCCACCGGUGGUCUCCCCUCUUACUCCGAGUCAGGCUGAGCCAUGUCUCGGGGUGGCUCCUUCCCACACCUGUUGUGGGACGUGAGGAAAAGGUCCCUCGGGCUGGAGGACCCGUCCCGGCUACGGAGCCGCUACCUGGGAAGAAGAGAAUUUAUCCAAAGAUUAAAACUUGAAGCAACCCUAAAUGUGCAUGAUGGCUGUGUUUUGACAACAAUUCGUUCAGGGCACCGAGCAAAUAUAUUUAGUGCAAAGUUCCUACCAUGCACAAAUGAUAAGCAGAUUGUAUCCUGCUCUGGUGAUGGAGUAAUAUUUUAUACCAAUGUUGAGCAAGAUGCAGAAACCAACAGACAAUGCCAAUUUACGUGCCAUUAUGGAACUACCUAUGAGAUUAUGACUGUACCAAAUGACCCUUACACUUUUCUGUCUUGUGGUGAAGAUGGAACGGUUAGGUGGUUUGAUACACGCAUCAAAACUAGCUGCACAAAAGAAGAUUGCAAAGAUGAUAUUUUAAUUAACUGUCGACGUGCUGCCACAUCUGUAGCUAUUUGUCCACCAAUACCAUAUUAUCUUGCUGUUGGUUGUUCUGAUAGCUCAGUACGAAUAUAUGAUCGGCGAAUGCUGGGCACAAGAGCUACAGGGAAUUAUGCAGGCCGAGGGACUACUGGAAUGGUUGCCCGUUUUAUCCCUUCCCAUCUUAAUAAUAAAUCCUGCAGGGUGACAUCUCUGUGUUAUAGUGAAGAUGGUCAAGAGAUUCUCGUUAGUUACUCUUCAGAUUACAUAUAUCUUUUUGACCCAAAAGAUGAUACAGCACGAGAACUUAAAACUCCUUCUGCAGAAGAGAGAAGAGAAGAGUUACGACAGCCUCCAGUUAAGCGUUUGAGACUUCGUGGUGAUUGGUCAGAUACUGGGCCCAGAGCAAGACCUGAGAGUGAACGAGAACGAGAUGGAGAGCAAAGUCCCAAUGUGUCAUUGAUGCAGAGAAUGUCUGAUAUGUUAUCAAGAUGGUUUGAAGAAGCAAGUGAAGUUGCGCAAAGCAAUAGAGGAAGAGGAAGAUCUCGACCCAGAGGUGGAACGAGUCAGUCAGAUGUUUCAACUCUUCCUACCGUCCCAUCAAGUCCUGAGUUGGAAGUGGGUGAAACUGCAAUGGAAGUAGAUGCUCCAGCUGAACAAUUUCUUCAACCUUCUACAUCCUCUGCGACGUCAGCUCAAGCUCAUUCAGCAUCAUCUUCCACAGAAAGCCCUCAUUCUACUUCUUUGCUCUCUUCUCCAGACAGUGAACAAAGGCAGUCUGUUGAGGCAUCUGGACACCAUACACGUCAUCAGUCUGAUUCUCCUUCUUCUGUGGUUAACAAACAGCUCGGAUCCAUGUCACUUGAUGAGCAACAGGAAGCUCCUGAAGAAUCAUCAGAGGACGUGACAAAAUCUCAGGAAGGUACAUCUACAGAAAGCCCAAUUCAGAACCAUAUAGACAUAGCACAAACAGAUGAGUUCACAGCUGAGCCAUUGGAUUCCAGCUCUGGAGAAAAGAAUGACCUCAAUCUUGAUAACCCUUGUGGGGUUCCAGAAGAAUCCACUUUGUCUGAAAAAGGCAAAGAACCAGAAACUUCAGAUCAGACUAGCACUGAGAGUGCUACCAAUGAAAAUACCACCAAUCCUGAGCCUCCGUCCCAAACAGAAGCCACGGGGCUUUCAGCUCAUGAGGAAACAUCAACCAGGGACUCUGCUCUCCAGGACACAGAUGACAGUGAUGAUGACCCAGUCCUGAUCCCAGGUGCAAGGUAUCGAGCAGGACCUGGUGAUAGACGCUCUGCUGUUGCCCGCAUUCAGGAGUUCUUCAGGCGGAGAAAGGAAAGGAAAGAAAUGGAAGAAUUGGAUACUUUGAACAUUAGAAGGCCACUAGUAAAGAUGGUUUACAAGGGCCAUCGCAACUCCAGGACAAUGAUAAAAGAAGCCAAUUUCUGGGGUGCUAACUUUGUAAUGAGUGGUUCUGACUGUGGCCAUAUCUUCAUUUGGGAUCGGCACACUGCUGAGCAUUUGAUGCUUCUGGAAGCCGAUAAUCAUGUGGUAAACUGCCUACAGCCACAUCCAUUUGACCCAAUUCUAGCCUCAUCUGGUAUAGAUUAUGACAUAAAGAUCUGGUCACCACUAGAAGAGUCAAGGAUUUUUAACAGGAAACUUGCUGAUGAAGUUAUAACUCGAAACGAACUCAUGCUGGAAGAGACUAGAAACACCAUUACAGUUCCAGCCUCUUUCAUGUUGAGGAUGUUGGCUUCACUGAAUCAUAUCCGAGCUGACCGGUUGGAGGGUGACAGAUCAGAAGGCUCUGGUCAGGAGAAUGAAAAUGAGGACGAAGAAUAAUCAACUCUUUUUGGCAAGCACUUAGAUGUUCUGAAAUUUGUAUCAGACAUUUAUUAUAUUUUUUUCUUUACAGAGCUUUAGUGCAAUUUUAAGAUCGUGGUUUUUUGGAGUUUUUCCCUUUUGGGGGGAUAACCUAACAUUGGUUUGGAAUGAUUGUGUGCAUGAAUUUCGGAGAGUGUGUAAAACAAAACUAGCAAAAUGUUUUAAAAACUUUUUGCCGUGUAUGAGGAGUGCUGGAAAAUGCAAAGUGCAAUAUUUCCCCUAACCUUCAGAUGUGGGAGCUUGGAUCAAUGUUGAAGAGUAAUUUUCAUUAUAGUGAAAAUAUUGGUUCAAAUAAAUUUCUACACUUGCCAUUUGCAUGUUUGUUGCUUUCUAAUUAAAGAAGUUGGUUGUUUUAAGAUACCC